AUGCUCGAGGUUCCUAUCGACCUGGUGAUUGUAAUGGGACAUAUCAUCGAGUGUCUCUCUGGGCGCCGGGUCAGAGUACGACUGGUCAAUGGACUGGUAACGACUGAGAACCUCUACAACAUUGUUAUGCUCUAUCCUUAUGCUGGUAACGAGCUGGGCACUGCUGUGGUCUCUAGAGAAGGUAUGUAUAUCGACGUUAAGAAUGAUUCUGAGUGGCGAGCUGCACGAGUGACCUAUGAUCCGUGCGACCGUCCUGACAAACUAUGGAUAUGGUUCCUCGAUGGUAACAACGAUACUCCUAUUAUGGUACGCUUGGAUAGUAUCGAGUGGAGGCUCUCCUCUGAUACUUGUGGUACACCACAAGGGGGGCGUGAUGGCGCUGCCAUUGGUCAACGCAUAUCCGUAGCCUAUAUCGUGUUGCGUAAGCGACAAUGGUUCUCUGGAGUCAUCGUGAGGUCUCGCUCGCCCAAUAUUGUUACUAUUGCUUUCGAUAACGGGUAUGUUGAUGAGAUUGACCUAUCGACUACUGGAUAUAAACUAAACACCCGUUCGUAG